AUAGGAUUAGAUCGAAGAUCGUACAGAUGGAUCCCCAUCGAUGCCACGGAAGCAUGUCAAUCAUUCCCUAAAUUGACUGAGGAUGAAAUUAGGGAGUUAACACUUGGUGUUUACCAAGUCAAACUAGCCCGCUCCUACACUCAGGAACAUUGCAGCUCUGAUGGCACGUACGAAAUUUUGGUAAGUGGUGAAGUGCCAAACAUAGUCUCAGCAAAAAUACAGAGUCGACAUAUUUCAGCCAAACACUACAAGUUAUGGAUUAAGCAUGACGAGAUUCUUGUAACUGGAUGGUCCUGCACAUGCAAAAAUGGAAGUCGAGUGGUUGGAAUGUGUGCACAUAUAACAAGUGUUCUUUGGUAUUUGUCAUACCAGCGACAUGAGGCAGGGCCGCUCAAAACUAUUCCAAACUGGGCGGAUUCCAUUGAGGAUGCAGCAAGAGAUCCGGUGAUAGAUGAGUCCGACAGUGAUGAUCCGGAAGAAUGAUUGACUGGUCGAUGCACACUAGUUCCUAGUCGUGUACGUUUUGUUGCUGUAAAGACG